AGGCGCCAAAACUAGCCAUUUUCUCCCGCCCCGCCCGCCUCUUCCCGACCAAACCCUCCCUCCUUUAUUUUCAACCUCUCCUUCCUCUCCACUCUCCAUCCAAAAUCUCUCCCUUUUAUCUUUUUUCCCUCUUUACUCCAUUUUUUACGUUUGCCAAGCGGCGAUGCAUCACCCACAGCCACACAUUUCCUCUUCAGCCUCCGCAUACUCUGCCGCCGCGGCCUUUGACUUCAAGCCUGCCAAACGCCGUGGCAGUUACAAUUGUGGCAGAUGUGGACUUCCUAAGAAGGGCCAUGUUUGCCAAGUCAACAGUGGCACCAGCCCUACUUCAACUUCCACUCCAACCUCGAGUCCAGCUGCCAAUACCAUCGAAAACUCCUCCUCCGCAUCCCGUCUUCCUCAGCCUCCUCCCCUACGUCAGUCCUCUCAUCUCCGGCGUGCGCUUUCCUUUGACGACAUCGACAUCCGCUGUGACUCACCGGAACGCGAUUUGGACGGCUAUGAUUCUCCCCAUCCGGAUACGUAUCUUGAUCCGGAUGAUGAGAUAGUCUCCGGUGGGUUGCUGGCUGGGUGUUUGUGGGAGGUCUUGAGGAGAUUACCUCCGGCCAGUCUGCUGGCGGCGGCGGGCGUGUGCAAAGGUUGGAGGGAAACGACAAAGAGGCUGUGGAGGGCCGCGGCGGAGCUGAAACUUAUGGUCCCACCUAGGGGUCAGCUCAGAUUCAUGGGAUUGGUUUUAAAGAAAUGUCCGAGCCUUGUUAGACUUUCUCUAAAGAUGGAAAGUGACGUGGAUGCGACAAUGCUGGCCUGCAUUGCGUUCUCUUGUCCUCAUUUGGAGUCCAUGGAGAUUUCUACGUCGAGUAGGGCUGUCAAUCGGAUCACAGGAGAUGAAUUGGGUCGAUUUGUUGCUGAUAAACGCUGUCUAACGAGCCUUAAGAUGGAAGGAUGUUCUAAUUUAGGGGGCUUUGUCCUCUCUUCAUCAAGUCUAUCUACUCUCUGGCUUUCUGAUCUUUAUUCCCUUUCUAAGAUGGUUUUUAACUGUCCCAAUUUGAAAGAGAUAUCCUUAGAAUUUUCUUGCCAAGAAAAUGAUACGACUGAUCUUACAACCAUGGUUGAUGGUAUGGGCAGAAGUUGUCCAAAGUUGCAAAACAUACACAUUGCAUCGCUUCGGCUUUCACAUGCUGUUGUGCUUUCUCUUACAGCUGCUAAUUUGAGGGGCUUGCGAAUGCUUUCACUUGUUCUUGGCUUGGAAAUCACUGAUGCAUCUGUUGCUGCUAUUGCUUCAAGCUAUUCAAGAUUAGAAUUGCUUGAUCUCAGUGGGUCUAGCAUCAGUGAUAGUGGCAUUGGAAUGAUCUGCAAUGUUUUCCCGAACACGUUGUCAAGACUCCUUCUUGCUCUUUGUCCCAACAUAACUUCAAGUGGAAUUCAGUUUGCCACAGCUCAACUACCUCUUCUUGAACUUAUGGAUUGUGGGAUGACAAUAUGCGAUCCUGAUUCCCAGAAUCCACCUUCUGAACAAAGUGGUGACGACAGUGAAGUUCCAAAUGCAUUGAACAAUAAACUGCACCUUAUGUACCAGAAGCUUAUUAUCAAACACAGCCGACUAAAGAAACUCAGCUUGUGGGGUUGUUCUGGCUUAGAUGCUUUAUGUUUGAAUUGUCCUGAACUCAAAGACCUUAAUCUCAACUCUUGUAAAAAUUUGCAUCCAGAGAGAUUGCUCCUUCAAUGCCCAAGUUUACAAAAUGUGCAUGUCUCCGGAUGUCAGGAGUUGUUAGUUGGAGCCAUCAAAGGCCAGGUAAGUGAUAGCAUAACAUCUCUGGAAAACCAAUUUCAACUUAAGCGAUCUGCUGAUGGCUCCAAGAGGGUUCGUGCACCGGAUUGUCUGAGUCCACAGACAAGUGAUGGUAAAAAACGAAGGAGGGUAAUGGAACGACAAUGUAAUGUGCAUGUUGGCUAAAAAUCCCCAUUUUUGUAACCUCUACUUUACAGCAUUUUUUUUCUUAUUUAUUUUUAAAAAAAUUGUGCACAAAUUGUACUGUUGCC